ACUACAAGCGAUUGUAUUCUGUAUUCCGCUGGCUCCGAUUGAGUACGGACGAGCGUUACAACUUCAGUAACAACGUGUGACCGUGUAUAUUUUGUGCAAACUUAAAAUAAUCAAAAUGGCAAAAGUUGCAGUAUUUGUGCCUGUGUUGUUAUUCGCUUUAUUCUUCAAAGACAGUGAAGCUGUCAGGUGUUGGUCCUGUUCAACUGACUUGGACCCCACCAAUCCAGACUGUGGCGACCCCUUCCUGCCGGGUCACACCACCAAUACCGGAUACUCCCGGCUAGAGAACUGCGAUGCUAAUGCUGGAGCCACCUACCCCUACCUCACACAGUCAAAGACUGCUUGCAAAAAGCAGAAGAAAAUUAUAAACGGCCAACUGGUUAUAUCUCGUGGCUGCACCUGGAAGCGACAGGACGACUUCUCCAGCACCUGUCCAGUCGCCUCUAACGGUCCGAACGAAGUCACCCUAUUCUGUGAAACCUGCGACUAUGAUGGCUGCAACGGAGCCGGUGCUAUUGGAAAGACCCUGGCGUUGCUUCUGGUUCCAUUAAGCCUCGUUCUUUUUAAAUAAUCAUAAGUUAAUAUUAUUUAGUACCCACCGUCUCAGCAAAUAAUAAUACCAACGCAAAAAAAAUGCACACAAAAAAGCAUCCAUUUUAUGCCAUAGCAAUUUUCUUUUUACGUACAAGACUACUUAUGUAUUUGUUUUCUUUAUUACUAUCUUUAUAAAUGUUUUUGUUUCUAUGGUUUCCAUUAGAAUUUAAUAUUUACUAACAUAGUAUUAAUGAUUUAUCACAUUUCUUUUGUAGGUUAAAAAUUUAAGCAUACCAGUACCUAACAGCAAAUAUUUCUUGUAUAAUUGGGUAAAGGGUUAACUUUAGUUGUGCUAAAAAUAGUGCCUACUUAAAUAUAUUUUAUCUAAAUGUAAGAUCAUUUUAUGAAUUAAUGUGUAUAUUGUGAAAAGAAUAUUUUUCCAUAGUCAUUCCUUUAUACAAAAAGGUCUUUUGCCAUUCUAUACACUGGUGAAUCAAAUUAAUGAGUGCUAUUAUCCCCACAUGACUAUUCUAUAUAAAGCAUAAUAAUUUUGCUCAAAAUCAGUAUACCCUUGUUCCACAAGUAGAUCCCUUCUUUUACUUUACAGUAUCUUAGUUCUUUCAUUCUAUUUUUGAAUUUAAUAUAUUUUAAUAAAGAAACUUAAGUUUUUUAAAUGGUGCAUUGAUGUUUAAUAUUGUUCAACUUAUAAACUAUAUAUUAAUCUCAUUAAGAUAUUAAAAGUUUUGUUUCAUGCACUGACAUAGAUUAUGUGAAAGUACAAAGAGUGAUGUUUGUCUCUAAUAUUGUUUUAAUAAAAAUCUCAAAUACAAA